GAAAGAAAAAAAGAGAGAGAGAGGGAGGGAGGGAGAAAGAGGUGUGAUAGAGUAUUGCUCAUCCUAGGACAGUGCUGGGUUUUAUUGGCCAGUGGUUGGGGGUUGGGUGUAAGAGGGCGAGGUUGAGCUUGAGGUUGGGGUGCUCAAGGCUGGGCUGGGACCAUGGCUUGGCCAUGUAUCAGUCGAGCUUGCUGCAUCGCUCGCUUCUGGAGCCAGUUGGACAAGGCGGACAUCGCUGUGCCUUUGGUCUACACCAAGUACUCGGACGUGACCGAGCCCCCGCCUCAGCCCCGGCCCCCAGGCGCUGACACACAUCCCAGCAGAGCCAGCCAGGAUGCUGUUGCCAAGGCGACCGAGGCUGGCUCCGAGGCCACAGGGGAGGUCCCCCCAUCGCUGGCUGACUCUCGCCCGGCUCGAGGAGGGAGUCUGAUGAGACACGAUUACAGGGCUUGGAAGGUGCGUCCGGAGCCCAGCUGUAAACCCAAGCAGGAGUACACCCCAGCCGACAUUCCCCUGGAGAAGGAGAGCCAGUACAAGAAGGAUUUUAAAGCCUGGCCCAUCCCCAAAAGAGAUCACCCCUGGAUCCCCAAGCCAGAGCGGGGAGCCCAGGGCCAUGUGCCUGGGGGGGAGGAGGGCACCCCAAUCCCUGCUCCAACCCCCCCUGCAAAGGGCAAAGCAGCGGACGCCUUAAACCGGCAGAUCAAACAAGAGACCGGGACCGGCACCUCCUACAGAAACGAGUUCAAGCCCUGGACGGCAGACAUCAAAUCCAGCAAGGUGACCAAAGCCAAGCAGCUGUACCACCCGCCCAAGGACAAGGUCGCUCACGAAACCAGCUACAACACCACCUUCAGGGGGCAGUUCAGCAAACGUGCCGAAAUCAUCCGCCCUGGCCUUGCCGACAACAAGGUCUCCGAGAGAAGGAGGAUGCGCAGUCUCUACAGGGAGGCGUAUAUAGAGCCUAGCAGGCCAGACAAGCCCACCGUGACGAGUUCCAAACCAAAAAAGGCCUCCAGCCACAAAGCCCCACGGAAAGCCAAGGACAAGCCGGUGGGGGGAGGCAGAGCGGCCAAGAAAAAGGCCGGGGAGUCAGUGAACCCGGACCCCCCACCCCAGGAGCCCGUCAAGACCCCCGAGAUCAACAACAAACUAGCCGAAGCGAAAGAGUAA